UCCGGACGUCCGGAUCGUAGCCAUGAUCUCAAGGGAUACCUAAUCUUGAUACAAUUCAAAUUCGUUCAUUAUCAUUAUUGCAAAUAUUGUUUUAUUGAUUAUCAUUAAGAAUUAUUAUUUCGUUAUUAAUCAUUAAUUCAACUUAUUGAUUAAAUAAUUCGUUAUUAUUUUCUUAUUACGAAUUUUUGAGUUGUUUACGGGAAAAUUUAUAUUUUUCUGUUUGAUUAGGUGUCUGAAGUCCAUCAGUGGGACAGGGACUGUAUGCGCAGUGCUUGAUUGUUCUACCCCUGUUCCCACUCUCCCUACCUUCCCCGUAAUCUGUGACCACCGGGAUUUCUCAAGUACCACAUCAGCUAGAACUGAUGUCAAUGGAACAGGACACCGGGGCACUGCCACGACGCAGUGCCAGGCUUGCAGUUCGUGCCCGUUCUGUGGUACCUCCACGAACCAAGUAUCAGCAACAGCGACUCAGCAGGCGGACGACUCCAGCGGCAUCCAGUACAGCACUGACGGUACCGGUUACCACCGGAGUUCUUCCUGCAUGUCCGGUCCAAGGGGCCCUUGAACCAUUGGCUGACUACCUGGGGCGGCUACAGGUAUUCACAGAUGCCGUAGCUACCGCCAAGGCUCAGCAGGAGGCAGCAGAGGCAGAACGUCAGCGGCUGGCCAAUGAGGCGGCAGCCCAAGCUCAGCAGAUUGCUGAGGCUGACGAAGCGGCACGAGACAAACGGAAUGCCGCCAGCACGGAGUCCCUGAUUCAAAAUGAGAAUCAGUGGAUAACGCUACUCCAAGGCAUGUUCUUUGUGCCUACGGACGCGCAGGCGGAUCCGACACAGGCGGAGGCAGAGAGAAGUAACCUGGCUACCGUGAUGUUGAGCGUGAUGAGGGGAGUACUGUGGAACAACAAACUGCUGCAGGCACUCCUGCGCACGGAACGACAACAAAGACAAAAGCACCAGCAAGACCUGGCCGCUUUAACAGCUGCCGUCCGCGACGCGGCAAUACAGCAGCAGCAACAGCAACAGCUGUUGAACUCCACUCUCACACGCAUCAACAGCAUCGAGGCUAAGGCCUCAGCAGCUCCAGGCUGCACAACAGACGCAAUGAAGCAGCUCAAUGAGCGCAUCGAUCACGUCGUCACCAUCAUUGGCGAACUAGGUGAUUUCACUAGUCCGGCCACGAUCAGCAGCACAUCAAGACGAGCAUCACCAAACUGCAGACAAGACCGGACGCCGCUGCAAAGAAUUACAAGAUGCCGCACUUCGACAUCAGCAAGUUUGACGACUACAACAAGUCGAACGCCUUGACAUGGUGGCAAAGUUUCCUCACGGAAGCAUCAUGCCGCACUGUCCCGGCUGACGACAUGAUGAAGGCGCUCUACUUACAACU